CCUGAGAUAUCCCUUCAGCAACCCUAUACGCCCAUUCAGCAGUUGGACGAGCAGAUACGGGAUCUUUAGCAAUGUGUUGGGUGGGGUGGUGAAAGGAGGGAACGUCACUCGGUACACACAAUCACAAAAAAUGCACGCAUGCAGUGUAGCAAGCAUUUUGCGUUUGAAUGUGUAUAUAAACAUUGCCUAGCUCGCUAAUAUGAAGGAAAAUUAAAAAUACUAAAGCAUAUUAAUGAAAAAAAAAACACUUCAGUCGAGUGAAAAACAUUCUCCUUCACCAACUUUUUUAUAACUUGAACUUUGCGUAAAAAAUAGAAUUUUGUAACAAAUUAUUUGGAGCUAAUGGGCUGCACUUUGAGUAUUUCUUAGUAUACCAUAAAAAUAAUUCUACGUCAUAUUUCUAUGAAAUGGGCACUGAAACCAAGAGCAACAGUUACACAGGACAGAUAUCAACAAGUGGCGGCAACCCGAAAGUGAUGAAAGAUUCUUUAUCCUUAGUUCGUCAAACUGUCAAGCAGCAUUCACAAUCGAACUUUAUCCAGAAUCACUGCACUUCAAAUUCAGAAAUCGACAACGAACACAAAACGAGUGAUAUUCGACUAAAGCAAAAGGAUCAAUCCACUGUGCCCUUUGUUCCCAUAUUUGUUGAGGAGGCCCAUGUAAUUCGAGGGGCCAAGGAACUGUUAAAGGUUAUUAGACCGUCCUGGGACCUCAGCCACGUCGAGUUUAAGAGCUUUACCGAUGGCAUCACGAACAAACUGGUUGGAUGUUUCCACAAAGAAAUUGACAAAUUAAACGAUGGGAACAGAGGAUUAUAUUUGCCGAUUAAAACUUUGGGCGUUUCGCCAGAGCAGGGAGAGAGUACUGUUAUUAUUGAAAAAGAAUUCUCAAACUGUACAGCGUCGGAUGAUGUACCUGUACAGUACUCCGAUAACGUAGUGCUAGUCAGAAUAUAUGGCAACAAAACGGACCUGCUUAUUGACCGCAAGGCAGAAACGCAAAACUUUUUACUACUGCAUACCUACGGCUUGGCGCCAUCGCUCUACGCCACGUUCAAGAACGGCCUCGUUUAUGAAUAUGUACCUGGAACCACAUUGAAUACCGAAAGUGUGCUCGGUCCAGAAAUUUGGCCCUUGGUUGCUCGUCGCAUGGCUGAGAUGCAUCGCAAAGUAAAAAAAACUGGGGAUACGUCGACACCAUUGCCGAUGAUAUGGAAAAAGACGCAGAGCUUUCUUGAUUUAGUACCUGAACGUUUUAGUGAUGCUGAUAAACACAAUAGAGUAAAAGAUACGUUUCUACCUAUCGCUCGCUUGCGGAAGGAGUUUAAUAAGUUAUACCAAUACCUCGAGGCUCUUGACAGUCCCAUUGUUUUCUCCCAUAAUGAUCUUCUUUUGGGCAACGUUAUCUACACAAAAAACCUAAACACGGUAAAUUUUAUUGACUACGAGUAUGCAGACUACAAUUUUCAAGCCUUCGAUAUCGGAAAUCAUUUCGCCGAAAUGUGCGGGGUAGACGAAGUGGACUAUACUCGUUACCCAAAACGCGACUUUCAACUGCAGUGGUUGCGAGUCUACCUUGAAGAAUACCUUCAGCGCAGUCAAAUUAAAAAUAAGGACGUGGAAUGGCUUUACAUCCAGGUGAACCAGUUUGCGUUAGCAUCUCAUAUUUUCUGGACCGUAUGGUCGUUAUUGCAAGCUGAACACUCCACUAUCGAUUUUGAUUACGUUGGAUAUGCGUUUCUUCGCUACAAUGAAUACUUGGCCCGUAAGGAGGAGUUUCUAUCAUUGUCUGCAGUAGAGAGCAACGAGUGAUUUAACAACCCCCCGCCGCCGAAUGCAUUUGGAAUAAUUAAUAUGUGCCCAGUGAUACAGUGUAUAUGCCCAGUGUAUAUGUAAACUAGGCUUGAAAGGAUACUUAUGUUAUAAAAUGUAUAUACAACGUGUAUUCAAAAAUCAUAAAGAAAAUAAAAAAAAACUGAAGUCCAACUAAAAUUGGUGCUCGGUUCGGCCUUUAUUACAUGUAUAUAAAGAAUUUGUAUAUGCUCUUUAAUUUUUAAAUUGCUUUUUGGUAUUUAUAUAUAAAAGAUAGACUAAACUGUAAACAUUGCCAUCAUCCUUAAAUUUUUGUAUUACACAAAUACGUACAUUAGUUUGCUCGAUUUUUUCUUUUAAAAUAAAUAAAUUAAGGUGAGCGUAAAAUAAAAACAAGAAAGAAAAGCUAACUUUGGACGGAGCCGAAGUCGGUUAUAUAUCGUAAAUAAUAGAGCUCAUUUGUUAGAAUAAAAAAUUAAACAAGUAAAUACGGCUUUAUUCCAGUUUCCCGACUAUAUUAUACCCGGUACUCAUCUCAUAUCCAUAAUUAAACUAACCUUUAUAGUUUAAACUUUAGAGCAGGUGUGCCCAAACGCUGCUUACGACGGAGAAAUUCCAAUAAAUUCAAAAGAAAACACCAACACUUGUAAGGAAAUUUUUUUUUAUUUCAAUGGACACACCGAAAAAAUUAGGGAGAUACAUUUUUAUAAUAAAGAGAAUUAUGAAAUAACAAUGCAAA